AUGUCGAGAGACGGUGAGCUGGGUGGCGAGCACCCAGAGAUGCAGGAUGGAAGCCUCGAUGGCUUCUCAGACCACGAGCCACAGAUGACCGGCGACCCUGCAGUGGAAGUUGGUCUGAGUCCGGAUCCGGGCAUUGGGAAGACCGCUAUCAUGGCGAUAGUGGGUGGCAUCGGGGCGGUCCUCGGCAAGUUGGGGAUGAUCUACGAUGUGGAAAACGGGCGGGCGAGCUUUACAAACAUUUGUGCCCGGGACUAUGCCAUGCUCGAGCCAUGCACCCCCACGGCAUUGUCGAAGAUGACCAAAGCGCAGUUGAUCAGCGAGGCGAUGAGAGUCGGAACCAUUGUCCACCGCAACUGGGCCACGGAGGAGAUCAAGGCAGUGUUGGUGGAAUACCGUGCAGCCCGCAAAGAAGUUUCGCUCCCCGAGCUGAAGAUGAAGGCGGACGAGCUCAAAGUGGGACACGGGCCGAAUGUGACGAAAGGAAAUCUUCUGAGGAUGAUCCGGGAGAGCGUCAACACACCGGACCAGGAGCUGAUGAAGGUGGGACAGUAUCGAGGAUACGAGUUCCGGGAAGUGCCGGAGUCUUAUGCGAGGUGGGCGAGCGAAGAACUGAAGAACGCGAAGUCCAUGGACCCCGACCUGGUGAUGUUCGUCCGCUGGUGGGAGGCGAAGCAAGCUCCGAGUCACAUCGCCCAAGAUGGAUCUCGCAAGAGAUCCAAUCCUGGGGAGAGUCCGCCCGAGCAGAAGGAGAUGGACUCGCAGAUCGACGAGGAGACCCUGGCAGAGAUCAGAGCUUUGGAGACCAAAUUAGCAGUCCCCAAGGACAAGGCCAAGGGAAGCAUCACCGAGCAGGAGUUCGUCCUCGCCUAUGGGAACCAACACUCCACCUACCUCGUUCACGACAGCGUGGAGGGGGAGACCAUCGAUGGCUUUCUUGGCGAGAGACUUGGCAUCACCAAACUUCAUCGGGGCGAAGUUCUCGCUACUGGAGCUGAUGGCAACGUAGAAGACGACCUGCCUGGUCCCAAGAAAACCAAAGGCUCAAGCGGUGUCUAUCAGACCUUGGGCCUCUUCACCCGUGGGGGCGUGCAGGGCAUCACCACAGCGACCCAGACCUCUUCCCACCUCACGAGGUACUUGAACUGCUUUGUCGACAUCAUCUUCCAGAAGUACGUGGACAUCUUUCACUGUAGCUUCAACCACUCGCUGAGCUUGGGGCAGAUUUCUGGAGGUGGAUUGUGGAUUGAGAAGAAAGGAGUCACCGAGGCGGAGACCGAAGAGGGCAGAGAAUGGCUACCCGGACAGGUGCACGAGAACUACAAGAAGUUUCUCACUUUUGACCCCCACCUCAAGCAUGCUACCCAGGCCUGGGAAGGGAACCGGUGGGGUUUGAUAUUCCACACUACUCGCAGCAUCCUUCGUGUUGGCGACGAGCUACGAAAAGGAUUGCGAAAAGUAGGAUUCCCCUUGCCCAACAAGAAGUUCCUCCUUGGUUCCACUGGACAGAAUGUCUCGAACACACAAAAGGGGAGACCGAGCAAAGCGCAGCGCAAUGCUCUCAUGCGAAGUGCCGCCCAGUUGUCCGUCCUCUUCACGAUGCUCCUCUGCGCUGCAACGUCCUACCUGUGCGAAGGGCAUGCUUGCGACCCAGUUCCGGAUCCUAUCGUCUUGUUCGAGAUCGGAGGGUUCGAUGCUUCGUUGGAAGCAACGGAGCUCAACAAUUCGAUUGUCGAGCCCAUGUCAUGGCAGGACUUCGUCAACCCAGAGAAGGCCGAAACGGCAUAUCACGUCGUGAAGGGGGCCACACCUCGAGAGCUCAGAUUGCACCUGGAGGAGUUGCCCGGCCGCGCCAGCCUGGCUGCGCGCACUCUUGUUGAGGCCCACCCCGAAGGCUUUGCCAAACACUUCAGCGACUUUGUUCAGUACCAGAGCAAGGAAGGGGUCGGAGGGCCUCAUUUGGUGUUGCACAGGCCCCAGGAAGGUCACAGCACUCUUCCCGGAGGAGAUCGUCCCCACAGCGUAUGUGUAAGCGAUCCUGUGCCUCCGUCCGGACAACCGGCGAUCCCCAAUGUCGACCACAAGAGUAGUGGGAUCACCUUCGAUCCCUCCCACAAGGGGCCCUUCGCAGGCUCCAUCAGAACCUCCGUCAUCCUCGUAAAGAAGAUCUUCUGCGACAUCUACGCUUGGCUGGGACCCACGGUCGCACGCCCGAGCACCCUUCCACAUCUCUACAACUUCAACGAUUGUGUCGGGGGAGAUAUUCUGUAUGUCCACGAUGUCAACGACAAGAAGCACACCUUCCUCAACAUCGUUGACUGGGGCACCACCUACCAGGUCGUUGUGAAGCUUCCCGGGACCAAGGCCGAGCAUCUUGAGAAGCUUUCAACGACUCCUGGCUCGUACCUUUCGGGCCACCCAAGUCCGUCUCUCUCGACCUUGAAAGGGGGCUUGCAGAAAGGAAUCAGUCGCCUGUGCGAUUGGCACAACAUUGUGUCCAACAUGUUGCAGCCCAAGCACAUUGGCAAGCUGGCAUUACCGAGAGGCAUGGGGCAUGGUGGAAGAACAUAUGGGAGCGAGUGGUCCAUGAGCGAUCCGUCGAUGAGGGAGAGGUCGAAGUUGCGGCAACAUGCGUUUCUGCUGCUAAGAACGAGCUGA